CCUCUGCAGGGCCUCACCGCGCUGCGCCAGCGCCCUCCACCCCCGCCCCGGGCUCCCCCAGCCGCAGAAACGGGAUGGGCCUGAGCCCCGCCGCCCACGAAGAGAGCAGGCACCACCUCUCUCGCUUCCCCAGGCCGCGCCCCAAACCCGCCCCGCGAGCCACAGAAAAAUCAUCUCAAGCGUUGGUCCAGCUCUCUGCCAAGGAGCGGCAGCAGGGAACUUCAGAGCUGAGCAGAAGAGUCCAGGAGGGGGAGAAGCCCAUAGUUAACUUGGAGACCACACCCAACCAGAAAAGAGCAGAGUCGAAUUCAACCCCAAAGCCUGAGAGCGCAGGGAAAUUAACAAAGCAGGCCACUGAGGGCAAACCAAGACCCAGACCCGGAGACCUGAUUGAGAUUUUUCGAAUCGGCUAUGAGCACUGGGCCAUCUAUGUGGAAGAUGAUUGCGUGGUGCAUCUGGCUGCCCCGAGUAAGGGUGAGGAAUUUGAGGUGGGCAGCAUCACUUCCGUCUUCAGCAACCGCGCCGUCGUGAAGUAUAGCCGCCUGGAGGACGUGCUGCAUGGCUGCUCCUGGAAGAUCAACAACAAGCUGGAUGGGACGUACCUGCCCCUGCCCGUGGACCAGAUCAUCCGGCGGACAAAAAAGAUGAUCAACAAGAUAGUGCAGUACAGCCUGAUCGAAAGGAACUGUGAGCACUUUGUCAAUGACCUCAGAUACGGUGUGCCCCGGAGCCAGCAGUUACAUUCCCAGAGGAAACCAGCCAGUCUGGAUCUCAUGCGCAGCCCAACUGGACUCUUCCUUUGAGAUGCACGGUCAUCUGUGGGAGGGGUUCCUGUCCUCUCCCUGAUUCCACUCAGAUUCUUCAGUGACCAGGGCAGUCCUCAGACCUCGUGGUGUUUGAUUUUAUAUGUCAACCUGGCUAGGCUGUGGUGUUCAGAUGUUUGAUCAAACACCAAUCUAGAUGUUUCUGUGAAGGUCGUUUUUAGAUAUUAUUAAUAAAUAAAUCAGUAGAUUUUGGGUAAAGCACAUUACCUUCCAUAACCUGUGUGGGGGAGGUGGAGGUGGGGGUGGGGAGCUCAUCCGGUCUGUUGAAGGCCUUAAAGGAAAGAGACGGGUCCCCCCCAGAGGAAGAAGGAACUUGGCCUCCAGAUUGCCUUCAGCCCGAGAAACUCGUCUCUUCCUUAAAAUCCUCCCUGGGUCUCCAUGCUGCUGUCCGUUCACAGAUUUCAAAUGUGCCAGCCUCCACAAUCUCAUGAGCCAAUUCCUUAAAAUAAAUGUCUCUCUGUAUAUGUACAUAUCCUACUGGGUCUGUUUCCUGGAAAAUCAGAAUCAGAUUAAUACAGGCCCACAGGAAUCAGCAGUCGCAGAGAACUGACUGCACUCCCGGGGCUGGAGGCUGCUGGGGUCGGAGGGAUGAGAGCCCGGUGUUUGGAUCUGUGUGUUUGUGAAAUACCUUCAAGGUGUGUUUGUCACCCCAAGGCACCCAAUUUUGGCCUCUUCACCACUAAACCUAUGGUGCAGGCUGGGAAGAGGUAGUCUGCGUGACCUAGGGAGCUGUGGGGGAGUCCGAGGACAGUGUAAGGAGGGAUGAGGCUGUAACUAAACCAAAGGCAUCAGCCACAUGGAAUAGUCUGGGUCUGAGACUGGGGGCAGCGGGCUCAACUCAUGUUUUGUCUUCCUCAUCACAGAUCUAGAGCACACAGCUCUCCUAAGGGGCAGCCAGAGGGUUUACUCACUCCUUUUCCACAUCCUGGAUGGAGUUGAGCAGAGGCUGAAUCCUGGUUUCAGCAAGGAGUUGGACAACAAGACCAGCGAGGAUGGGGAAGGCUCCAUACACAAUCCCGGGCAGGUGUAUUCUGUAUCCAGAAUACACUGUUAGGAUCCCCUCUUGAGAGGGGAGCCAGGGCUGCUCCAAUAUUAGCAGCAAUUCCCCGGAUUCCUGUGGCUGUUGCUCUUGGGGUACAAACAAUAAUACAAAAUAUAUAGUGAAUAUCCACACAUAUAAUUUGUGGUUUAUUAUUUUGCUUUGGUUAUGGGAGAUGGCACACCAGUGUGUUUAGACACAUAGGAGUCUGAUGACAUCCUCUUGCUUUGAAAAUCUCUCUUAUUUGCUGACAAGUUUUUUCAUUUAAUUGUGCAUUAAGACACAAUUUGCUCAUUAAGAAAAUACUGUUAACCAUAACAUCUACCCUUUGUGUGAUCCAGGAGAUCACAUGAGAUGUUACAUUAAAUGAUUUAA